AUGAUGGCGAGCUUCAGGCAGGUUUCGGAAACUCGAAAAAGCCAGGCCGCUCUCUCAAACGGAGCCUCUCCCUCUUUGUCCCGCAGGUUUCCAGAGGCGACCCACCCCUUGGAUGCUCGGCCCCAGCGAGCGCUCGUCCACGGCGUCACCAUGAACCGCAACAAGCGUGAGAAGGAGUACUACAGCAUAGACGUGGGGGACUCCACCUUCACCGUUUUGAAGCGCUACCAGAACCUCAGGCCCAUCGGAUCCGGAGCACAGGGAAUAGUCUGUUCUGCCUACGACCACAACCUGGAGAGAAACGUCGCCAUCAAGAAGCUGAGCCGGCCCUUCCAGAACCAGACCCACGCCAAACGGGCCUACAGAGAGCUGGUGCUCAUGAAAUGCGUCAACCACAAGAAUAUCAUCGGCCUACUAAAUGUAUUCACACCACAGAAGACACUGGAGGAGUUCCAAGAUGUUUAUCUGGUGAUGGAGCUGAUGGACGCCAACCUCUGCCAGGUGAUCCAGAUGGAGCUGGACCACGAGCGGCUGUCCUACCUGCUCUACCAGAUGCUGUGUGGAAUCAAACACCUGCACGCUGCAGGCAUCAUACACAGGGACCUGAAGCCCAGCAACAUCGUGGUGAAGUCGGACUGCACGCUGAAGAUCCUGGACUUCGGGCUGGCCCGGACCGCCGCCACGGGCCUCCUCAUGACGCCGUACGUGGUCACCCGCUACUACCGCGCCCCCGAGGUCAUCCUGGGCAUGGGCUACCAGGCCAACGUUGAUGUCUGGUCUGUUGGCUGCAUCAUGGCUGAAAUGGUCCGGGGUAGUGUGUUGUUUCCAGGCACUGAUCAUAUCGACCAGUGGAACAAAGUGAUCGAGCAGCUGGGGACUCCGUCCCAGGAGUUCCUGAUGAAGCUCAACCAGUCGGUGAGGACCUACGUGGAGAACCGGCCGCGCUACGCCGGCUACAGCUUCGAGAAGCUCUUCCCCGACGUCCUGUUCCCCGCCGACUCGGAGCACAACAAGCUGAAAGCGAGCCAAGCCAGAGACCUACUAUCCAAGAUGCUGGUCAUAGACGCCUCAAAGCGCAUCUCAGUGGACGAGGCCCUCCAGCACCCCUACAUAAACGUGUGGUACGACCCGACCGAAGUGGAAGCACCACCGCCUGCGAUAACAGACAAGCAACUGGAUGAGAGGGAGCACACAGUGGAGGAGUGGAAAGAAUUGAUAUAUAAAGAAGUGCUGGACUGGGAGGAACGGACAAAGAACGGUGUCGUCCGGGGACAGCCUGCCUCCAUAGGUGCAGCAGUGAGCAGCGGCCCCGCGCAGCACCACCCCUCUGCGUCCUCCUCCGCCCCCGCCAACGACGCCUCCUCCUCCAUGUCCACCGACCAGACCCUGACCGACACUGACCGCAGCCUGGAGACGGCCGGCGCCGCCUCCGUGGCUGCCAGCGCUGCUACGGCCAGCGGCCCCGUGGGCUGCUGCAGAUGA